AACAUGGCGCUGCCGUGGAGGCAUUGCGGCAGGUGGACUUCUGGAAGAAAUGCGGUGUCUUUACUAAAUACGGUAUGUGGCUCCAGGACAGUAACGGUGCGGAAAAAGGGAGCUGUGGCCGGUCUGAGAGUCCGCAACGUUGCAGGAAACAGGGUGAUAUUAGCAGGUGAUGCUGUGAAGCUACCUACAAUCAAAAAAUCUAGCGCCCUGUGGAGGCAUAAUUUCAGGUUACUGAACCCUUCAGUAACACAAAUAACUGAACACUGUUGCAGAAGGUUCCACAGCGAUGCCAAAGUAAAGGACCCUUUCUCGCUAGCUCAGAAAGACUUAAAUAAUUUGUAUGAUGAUAUCAAAAAGGAGCUGUUUGUAUCCAAAACAGAGCUCAAGUCUCUGUGUGAGUAUUACUUUGAUGGGAAGGGCAAGGCCCUGCGGCCUAUGAUAGUGGUGCUGAUGGCUCGAGCCUGUAACCUACACAGCAACAAGGACGGGGAUUUGCUCCCAGGUCAGCGGUCCAUUGCCAUGAUCUCCGAGAUGAUCCACACAGCCAGCCUGGUGCACGAUGAUGUCAUCGACGGAUCAGAUACGCGUAGGGGGAAGACCACCAUCAACGAAGUGUGGGGGGAGAGAAAGGCCAUCCUGGCAGGUGAUUUUAUCCUGUCUGUGGCCUCCAUGGCUCUGGCUCGGAUUGGCAACACCACGGUGGUGUCUGUGUUGUCCCAAGUCAUUGAGGACCUGGUGCGAGGUGAAUUCAUGCAGCUGGGAUCUAAAGAAAAUGAGAAUGAGAGAUUCAAGCACUACCUGGAGAAAACCUUUAAGAAGACGGCAAGCCUCAUCGCUAACAGUUGUAAAGCAGUGUCGAUCCUUGUGAACCCUGAUCCUGAAGUCCACGAAAUUGCCUUCCAGUAUGGGAGAAAUGUUGGAAUUGCAUUUCAGCUGGUGGACGACGUGCUGGACUUCACCUCCAACGCCAAUCAUCUGGGGAAGCCCUCUGCUGCAGACCUCAGACUGGGUCUAGCCACUGGGCCGGUGCUGUUCGCCUGUCAGCAGUUUCCUGAGCUGCACGCCAUGAUCAUGAGGCGGUUCGGUUCGAGGGGAGACGUGGAGCGGGCCUGGCGGUACGUCCUGGAGAGCAACGGCAUCCAGCAGACCAAGUACCUCGCACAGCACUACUGCCAGGAGGCGGUGCGUCAGAUCAGCAAGCUGAGCCCCUCGCCGGAGCGCCAGGCCCUCAUUCGCCUCACGGAGCUGGUCCUGAGCCGGGACAAGUGAACCCUGUCCCCCCCCCACCACAUUAAACUUCCCUUCUGGCAGCUAUUCCUCGGGAGUGGGUCCAGUGAAGGGGGCAGUGUGGUCUUGUGCAACACCGUACACCCAGGACGCUAUAUAUGCCCACUUCCUGGUUCAUCACGUGUGUGUUUACUUAGAUCAUAUUCCCUGUUGAUUGUAACACUCAGUGCUGUCUAAAUACCUCACUAUUAUUAUACAUUUUUCCAUUUAUCCAACCUUUUUUAUAUUCCCCAUUACACAUUAGGCUGGUAUACAACGCAACAACCUCUAUAUUCAUGCAGGAGCAAUGAGAGAAUGUGGUCAUGUGAUACACCUGCAUGCAGCCAUCAGCCAUUUUUUAUUCUGCAAGUCUCAGAGAAGUGGGCAUCAAUUGGAGAAUAGGCUCCUCUCUAUUGACGUCGUCCAAGCAACUUGCAGGUACCCGACAAGUAGGGUGAUGUGACGAGGGGCCUACUGUUCCUCCUUUAUACCCAGUGGAAUUAAGCCAGUGUGUUAUGCCACUGUGGGGUCCCGAACGUUGUUAGCAUAUGACACAGCUGGUGUCAAACCCCAGCCAUAGGGCGCAGUCUACACUGAAGAUGAGCGCCUUGCCAACCGAGCCCCUUUGAGAGCCCAAAUUCAAUAUUUUUAA